ACGACGAGGAGAGGGGAUGGGAGACGCGUCGCAUGAGCGUCGGCUCUGGUUCUCCAAGGGUGUAUGGGGGUUUGGCUAGAGGAGGCGCGUUGCAGUCUGACCCCUCCAUACCACCUGUGUGGAUGACCACUUCAACAUCAUCCGACAGCGUUGAGAACCACGKUUACUCAAAGACGGAGAUGGGCGUCAUUACAGUUGAGAACAUGUUGGAGGAGUCAAUGGCGCUUUCGAGACACCUGUCCGUGGAUCGAUAUGAGCAAGAGCUCGGCUGCGAGAGGGUGGUUAUCAACAUUUCAGGCUUGCGAUUCGAAACUCAMCUAAAAACUUUCAAUCAGUUUCCCAAAACGUUGCUCGGGGACCGGAGAAAGAGGAUGCGUUACUUUGACCCACUGAGGAACGAGUAUUUCUUCGACAGAAACCGACCCAGCUUUGAUGCCAUUCUCUAUUAUUACCAGUCGGGAGGGCGCAUCAGGAGACCUGUUAACGUGCCCAUUGACAUCUUCUCUGAGGAGAUCAAUUUCUAUCAACUCGGGGAAGAGGCUAUGGAAAAAUUCCGGGAGGAUGAAGGAUUCAUAAAAGAAGAGGAACGUAUUUUACCAGAUAAUGAAUUCCAAAAGCAGGUUUGGCUUUUGUUUGAGUACCCUGAAAGCUCUGGGCCAGCUAGGGGAAUAGCCAUAGUCUCCGUGCUUGUCAUUUUAAUCUCAAUUGUUAUAUUCUGUUUGGAGACCUUGCCUGAGUUUCGGGAUGACAGAGAUCAUGUCACUGUGGCACUUACAGUCAACGGGACGGCCUCCUACCAUGUAAAUCCAUUCACCGACCCUUUCUUUGUGAUAGAGACACUUUGCAUAAUAUGGUUCUCUUUUGAGUUGCUGGUCAGGUUCUUCGCGUGCCCCAGCAAAUCCACGUUCUCAAAAAACAUAAUGAACAUCAUCGACAUUGUCGCCAUAUUUCCCUACUUUAUCACUUUGGGGACAGAACUGGCUGAGAAGCAGGGUAACGGUCAGCAAGCCAUGUCCCUGGCCAUUCUCAGAGUGAUACGGCUCGUGAGAGUCUUUCGUAUCUUCAAGCUCUCCAGGCACUCUAAGGGGCUACAGAUUUUAGGGCAGACACUAAAGGCAAGCAUGAGGGAACUUGGACUGUUGAUAUUUUUCCUUUUUAUUGGAGUUAUCCUUUUCUCAAGUGCUGUUUACUUUGCUGAGGCCGAUGACCCGUCAUCCAGUUUUACAAGCAUCCCAGAUGCGUUUUGGUGGGCUGUGGUCACCAUGACUACUGUCGGAUAUGGAGACAUGCACCCUGUGACCAUUGGUGGCAAAAUUGUUGGGUCAUUGUGUGCUAUUGCCGGAGUGUUAACUAUUGCUCUCCCUGUGCCAGUUAUUGUCUCCAACUUCAAUUACUUUUACCAUAGGGAGACUGAUGGAGAAGAGCACGCACAGUACUUGCAUGUCAGCAGCUGCGAGCACCUACCCUCAGCCACAGAUGAGCUGAAAAGGACUCGCAGCACCUCAUCUCUGGGCAAGUCGGAAUAUAUAGAGGAGGGCAUCAACAGUGGGUAUAAACAGCCCAACUUCACCAAUGAGAAUAACCAAAACUGCGUGAACAUCAAAAAGAUAUUUACGGAUGUGUAAACGCUUUCACUUUAUAUGGAGUAUGAUGAUAGAUAGAAUACAGUUGCAACGACAAUUUUUUCUAUGGUGGCUAAUCGUGACGUGUAGGUGCACACUGUAUCUGUCAGGUGGAGUGUGCACCGCUAUAGUGUACCACACAGGUUCAACCGUACUGUCAUCUUUCGAUUCGUCCUUGAGUCAAAAAUACGUGUUGAUGUUCGGUAGUUCGAUAGGUUGUAGGCCUAAGUGUUGCAUAUUUACCCCCGAAUCGAAGCAGAGUUGUCGUUGUGUUUUUUUGAGGGGGAAAGUUCAGUUAUCAGUGUUCAGUGUUCUUGUCAUGAAUAGCAAUAUAAUCUACAAUGUCUGUAUGAUGUCAUUUUCAUCGGAUGUUAAUAGGCUAUGCCUCACUGAAUGGGCAACCUAUGCGUAUUGGAAAAAUCAUGGACAUGACAUACUGUAGCCUGCACUAUGAGAGCAGACUGAGUAUUGUUUAGGUUUAGGCUCUUAUUGUUCUGAUCUGAUACAAAAGGGAACUUAGGCUACGUAUUUGUUUUAUGUUUACAAUGUUACUUUUAGCAUUACAGCUUAUAGCCUAUACCAAAAAAAAAUGUUUAAGAUAUGGAAGGAUCAAGACUUUGGAAUGCCUUUGAUAAAAUACCUCCAUAAAAUCUAAAUGUAUCAUUACGCAGUACAUAGGUUAAAAUAUGUUGUAUAGCCUACAAUUGAUAGUGGUACUAAUCCUUGGUAAUCGAUGUAUCUUAUUAAAAUUCGAUCCAAAGACUGUCAUCAGGACUAUUUGGAAUUUAUUUUCCUACAAAACAUGACUUCAAGACUGUUUCCAUCAUGGAGGAUAGUGUGAGCACAUUGCUGAAGACAUGGACACAAUGCAUAGUGCGAGUGGAUAGAAGAAUGAAGAACAGCAAAGUCACGCCCCCUGGAUGCGACUGAGCGCGCGUUGUGAUGCAGUCGCCAUGACGACUACAGAUUCCUGGGAUGGACAUUUUCAUCACCCCAUCUCAACCUGCCAACAACCAUCACCCAACAGACAAUGCAGCAGCAAAACACCUACACUCUGGAGGCCUUACAGGAGGAUUACCCUGACACAUCACUAUGGGAUUCAAGCUCCACCAGCACAACCCUCCACCAGCACAAAUCGUCCGCACAUACACACUGUACUGUACUGGCCCGGAGAGAGAAGCCAGAGGCAAGGUGCCACGGACACAGUGCCUUCAGCUGAGACCUCACCUCCCCUCCAAUGGACUGCCUAGGGGAAAUGAGUGUGUGCUGCACUCUGUCUCUUCCCUAGUGUCUUAGUUCUGGAAUAAGAUCCCAGAGAGACCAGUACAAGAGGACACACUGUGUAUGUUGCCGUUAUGUAUCUCCCUAGUCUUCAGCAGGCCUGUGUUUGGUCUAUAGCUACCCCCAGUGGAGUAGAGGACUGAGGUCAUGUUUUGUAGCAUCACAAUGUAUUCAUGGUGUGUUGUCGUUGUCCCAGGACAAAUGUAAGCACAUAAAUGUGUCUGCAAAUCAGACAGCGUUUGCAUGUGGUUACUUAAGUGAAAAUAAUUUCAGGGUCACAAAUUGGGAUUGUUCAUCUCAAGAGGUGACUGUCUUUGAGAAAAUGUAUUUAACACACUCACACACGCGCUAGCACACACACGUAUUAUUGCAUUCCUC